GGGGCGGGACAAGGCGAAGCGGGAGGGGCCGGGGCGGCCGUAGGGCCACGCUCCGGCUGCGGGCGCAGCGCGAGAGAGACCAUGUCUGGGGGCAGCGGCUGCAGCCAGACCCCAAGUCGGGCCAUCCCGGCCACCCGCCGGGUGAUCCUCGGCGACGGCGUGCAGCUGCCGCCCGGGGACUACAGCACCACCCCCGGCGGCACGCUCUUCAGCACCACCCCGGGAGGUACCAGGAUCAUCUAUGACCGGAAGUUCCUGAUGGAGUGUCGGAACUCACCUGUGACCAAAACACCUCCAAGGGACCUGCCCACCAUUCCCGGGGUCACCAGCCCCGCCAGUGAGGAGCCCCCCACAGAGCCCAGCCAGAACCACCUGCGCAACAGCCCGGAAGAUAAGCCAGCCGGCGGUGAAGAGUCACAGUUUGAAAUGGACAUUUAAAGGACCAGCCAUUGAAUCGAGCAAUGCCUCAGGGCACCCCUGGCCCUUCUCGGGAGAAAAGUCACACCAGCCAGGCCUUUUGCAAGUCAUAAUCCUGGGCAGGCAUUGAGUAUGUGGUCGGCCAUCCCGGCCCUCGGGCAUGGGAUGGUCGGCCAUCCCAUGCCCUUCCUCAUUCAGGGCACCUGCUCCCCCUUCCUCUUCGAGAACACCAGCGGAUACCUCCAUGUGCCUCCCCUCAGGGGGGAGCUGCCACCCUAAGGGAAGUGACUCUCGUGGGCACAGCCUGCAGCUCAGGGCCAGGAUUGGAUGUGGAGGAGCCCUUCUGAGUGAUUAUCCAGCUCUUCCGGCCCCAGCCUCUGGGGGCGCACCCACCCCUUCCUUAGGUUGGUGUUCCCUCCUUCCCCAAGAGAGGAAAUAAAAGCCACCUUCGCCCUAGGGCCAAGA